AGUGUCAACAACAUGGCCGCCAGAUCGAUAAUUUUGCAUUAACGAUCUGCCCUCCCUGUGAGUGAUCUACCUGGGCACAUCGACGGCGAUGUGUUAAGGCUUAGGAUUAUCAUACCGUCAUGGAUUAGCAAGUACAGACGGCUGUUCCAGUGUCCGGAGAGGAAAUGGUCACUUAGACAUUGAGUUGUAAUUGGUGUCAAACUACAAAAAUAUAAUUUAACAAUGACAAACAGAUCUACUCGUAUCCGGAGCGGGAAGAAGCGAGGGAUCCGACUUGUGGAUCUGGAGUUCCAAGGUGGCAUCCAAGAAAAGGAGAAUAUCGAAAAUGGCAGACGACCUCAUGGAGGAUAUAACGGCAGCAAGAAGCACCCUCUUAGUCCCUAUACGCACAACAGAGAUCCAACAUACCUGCAGGAAAUACACGCCGAAGUAGGUCGGAGUCAAAUAGAGAAAUUUGCUGCAGGUCAUCGGUCACCAAACUGGGCAAUAAACACAAGUAGGGAGUCGAACCAUAGCGGGGAAUCCCCCUUGUUCGUCCACGGGCUCCUCAGCUCAAGUAAGUAUGACAAGGAAGGACAGCAUCUACAAGAGCCUCGACCCCGAUCUUCCGUUAGAGGGCGCUCGGCCCCACCAAAGAGAAGUGGAACUCUCUAUUACCGGCCUAAUACUACGCACCAGUACCUCUCAGCAACUGAACUUCACCAAACCUCGCAAUCUUCCGAUGCGACAAGCAUCAAAUAUGGCCGCCCAACUCGUACAACGCUACUACGAGCUAGACAAAGGAGCAAUUCAGCACCUGUAAAUGCAUACAUGCAACGACGAGAAAGUGCCAAAAAGAUGGAAAGUACUCAGUAUUCAGCUAUGCCAACUCCAAGAGAGUAUAUACCUGCUCGAAAGAAGGAGGAGUCGACACAUGCUUUUCUGACCGGAGCUCGUUAUAACAGGGCACACCUGUUAGACUCUAAGGGUCUUUCCGUGUACGGUGUGUACAUGCCGAGGAAGAAUCCAAUGGCCUGCUUUAUGACGGGGGCUGCUUCAUCACGUCUGAAGGAGACAGUUGAGGAGGUCCCGGCACCCCCAGAUACACCACGAUCCGAGGUUUCUGAUACCCACGACCAUACAAGUAAACCGGAAUACAACGCAAGACCCUCAACAGCUCCAGGCAAAAGGUUACUAUCAGGAAAAAUGGUGACGCCUAGGGAUCGCCCUAAAAGCGCGUGGGGUGACGCAGCAACCUCGUGCGAUAUCAUACAGAACGAAAGUGAGAACUUGACCAAUGACGAGACGUCUUACAAACAACACAUUUUAGACGAUUUAAUACUUACACCUAACGGUUUGAAUGUUCAAGGCAGUCGAGUCUUGGUGUCUUUUCGGUCCAGCAAACAAUCUUUGAGGGCAUCAGAGUCGACGCUUCCCAGCGUCACCGGAAUAUCCGUACCAAAAGUCAUUUUUAAACGGCUACGUGAUCCUGUUGAAGAAAUGUCAUUGGUUAAUCAGCCUCCACCCACUCCUAUUGGUGGACUAUCAGUUGUAGAAAGCGAGAGAGUACGAAAAGCAUCUAUAUCCGUUAGGGACUCAUCAACAACUGGUAGAAUGGAAGAUUCGAAUGGACCAGUGAUAAAGAAACAUAUAAAUGUGGAACUUAUCGACCAAUCUUUAGAAUUACAAACAGAAGAUGUUGGUGUGGAGGAACGUCAAGAAGAAAAUAAAAAUAUUGAACAAAGUGUGCAUACUGAUUCUAAGAUCAAUCUCACGGAGGAAAAAAGCGAAAAUAAGGUUUUAGAUAUCGAUAAUAGUGAUGGAAAUGGUCUCAAGGUUUUCAUGACAGAAAAUAAUGAUACAAAUAAAAUCAGCGACAACAACGACAGUCUGCAAAGGACAGAAUCGACUGUUGAUCCAGAAGUUGUUUCUUCUACUGACAAUGUUGGAGUUGAAGUAAGAAAACUCAAAGGUGACGAAUUUGAAAGAGACACUAAUGUGCAAGAAAUCUCAAGUGGCGGCGUGAAUGAUGGAGAGAAAACAGUUAGCAGCCAGGGUGAACCGGACGUAGAAUAAUAAAAGUGAUGUGUUAAGUUUUAGUAGUUUAUAAAAAAAGUAUAUAUUUUUUAUAAUUUAUUUUCCUUAAGUGAGUCUCUACCGACAAUGUGACAAAAUGCUUACUUCUGGUAUAUGUAUUUUUUCGAACGGGACAAUCACCAUUGUUGUACAAUAGUUUAGUAAAUGGAGUAAAUGCAAUUGUACACUGAAGUAAAAAAAACACCUCCAACUAUGAUUAUUACAUUUAUUUAAGGGAAAGGUUUACUAAUUUCAUAUCAUUUCAUAUAUUAAGUACUAAUUCAAUAAUGCCUGAUUAUAUGUUACACAACAUAAUUAUAUAGGGUGUGCCAGUUUUUGAUAUGUAAUUUGUCAUGCAACUGAGUCUACAUGUUUAAAAGUGAAAACCAGAUAUAUGGUCCAAAGAGUUAGAAAUGCGAAAAAGAAUAUCCUGUAAACUCUCUUAAUGCUGCGAUUGUUUAGUAAAUCGUAUUAUUUUGAAUGUUACGUUGAUAUGGAGUUUGUGUCUAACAAAAUGACGUCAGUACUGUUUUCCUCUUUGUUCAUAAUUAUGUAUUAGAGAAAAACGUUGUAAAAUCCAUGCGUCAGUGUCUCAGUAUCAUGUUCUAAUUAAAUAGUUGAUGAAACAGUUUACGAAAUUACCUGUUUUCGU